AGGAGGAAAACUAAGUCUGGAGGCAAAGAAAGACAAACGAUGGCAGGGCAGAUCAAAUAAAUCCAGAGACAGACAGAGAGACGCUGCAGAAACAUUAAGGAACAGACUGAAGACAGACAGAGUGACAGCAGAGACACAGGCUGAUAGAGACGAAGGUGGGGAGGGGGAGGGGAGGAGGGGGAGGAGAGGGGGAGGAGUCUGAGCAGGAGCAGAUAAAACCAGAAGGAGGAGAGGAGGUCGUGGAAAAAGAGGAGGAGACAACGAACCACCCACUGAGGAACAAACCACCACUGUUGGACCCAGACUGUGGAAAAGGAAAGACAGGAAAGCGCCGACACACUGAGGAACACAAAUAACCACAGAGGUGCAUGAUGGGAGCCGCCUAGCUCCACCAACUCCACAGCCAGCAUGCUGCUCAGGUUAGCCCAGGGAAGGAGCCCCUCGGCUGGGGCAGGAGGCCAGCAACGGCCCCCUCUGCAGCUGGGGCUCAAGAUGAUGAUGAUGAUGAUGAUGAUGAUGAUGAUGAUGGUGGCGGCAGUGGGAGGGGCCAGUGCUGAGGCUGCAGAGAGCGAGGAAAGUCAGGAGAUCCUGGAGGAGGACGAGACAGUCAGCGAUGAGAUCCUGGAACCGGUGACCUCUGACCUUUCCCGAGUGUCUCCUCUCAGCUCAUGGCUGAUCUUCAGAAGGAACUCCAACAAAGGGGAGAACAGGAGAACCAAAGCAUCUAGGAGGAGCUCCAAGCAUGGUCUUCCUGGUCCUCCUGGACCUCCAGGACCACAGGGGCCUCCAGGACCCCCAGCGCCCCUCAUACCCCAGGAACAGGAGCUAAUCCAGAAUCUGCAGCGCAAACUGAAAGACAUGGCCACUGCUGGAGGAGUGUGUCUUCUGUGUGAUGGUCCUCCUCGGGUGUCCACGUCGUUCCUCGGUCGCCUCCUUCAGACCAUCUCCAUCCCACGCCGGAGCCUCCUGGAGCUUCAGUCAUAUGGAAAGCCGCUGGACUCUGAGCACAGCCUCCAGAGGGGUCAGAGCUUUAACACCAGCACCGGCCGAUACACCGCUCCACUGUCGGGCUUUUACCAGAUCACAGCCAGCCUACUGAUUGCAGACAGACCUGUGUGGCUGAUGGACAUGUCCUCACCUGUGUCCUCACCUGUGUCCUCAGACUCAGGGGACCGGCUCCAGGUUCGUCUCAGGGACAGUGUCCGAGCAGCGAUCUGCAUCGAGUCCCUGUGUCAGAGUAACCUGUCAGUGGAGUCGGUGAUGGGUGUGGCUGUUGCCGGGGGAACGUUCAGCCUCCUCCUGACAGGAACUCUGUACCUUCAGGCGGGGGAGUACGUGUCCAUCUUUGUGGACAAUGCCACCGGCUCGUCCCUCAGCGUCCUCCAGGACUCAUUGUUCUCUGGGAUUCUACUUGGGGUCUGAUGUGGAUCCGUGGCCUGGAUCAGGGAAACCGGACAGAUGAGGUGCCGGACAAAUGUGGUGGUUGUUUUGUCCACAGCUGGACGUUAGAUGAGGACAUGCUGGACUGAGACCUGAAGGUAUUGCAUUUGAUAUUAAACUCGGGGUGGUCAGGAGACACCCUGAAAACAGGCGGACAGGUUGGGGUUUCCAGAACCUGAAAGCAGCGUCAACAACGAGACUGAUGAUCAGUGGAGGAUCUACACACAGGCUUAUUGAACACCAUCUAAUGGACAGGAGAGGAAGUGCAGCUGGUGGACGCUUCAGCACAUGCAGACCAGAUGUUCCAUGAACCGUCACCCACAGCAGAACCUCCUCAGAUGUUCUUUGAACCUUCACCUCCUGCAGAACCUCCUCAGAUGUUCCCAGAACCAUCACCCACAGCAGAACCUCCUUAGAUGUUCCAUGAACCGUCAUCCACAGCAGAACCUCCUCAGAUUUUCCAUGAACCAUCACCCACAGCAGAACCUCCUCAGAUUUUCCAUGAACCGUCACCCACAGCAGAACCUCCUCAGAUGUUCCGUGAACCGUCACCCACAGCAGAACCUCCUCGGAUGUUCCGUGAACCGUCACCCACAGCAGAACCUCCUCAGAUGUUCCGUGAACCGUCAUCCACAGCAGAACCUCCUCAGAUGUUCCGUGAACCGUCACCCACAGCAGAACCUCCUCAGAUGUUCCGUGAACCGUCACCCACAGCAGAACUUCCUCAGAUGUUCCAUGAACCGUCACCCACAGCAGAACUUCCUCAGAUGUUCCAUGAACCAUCAGCUCCAGCAGAACCUCCUCCUCCCUUUCCUCAUAUUUAUUGAUAUAAACAGGUUGUGAAUAAUUAUGACAAUAAAGUUUUUACUUGUUGACA